AUGGUUAUGGUCCCUCCCCCUCAAAGGAUCGCUCUUAAUCCCUGAUAAUCUGCUCAUCUAAGGAGCUCAGCCAGUCAUGGCUGCACCAGGGGAGAAUUUGCUUUCAGUUGAGCGUCUUACCAGCAUGGAUCAAAAUACUUUUACCAAACAAAGAGAGCUCUUUAUAAAGAAAAGCAGAGGGAUGCAACUUCAGCAGCGUCUGCAGGAGCUGAAGGAGAGAGAGCGCAGAGCCCAGCAGCACAACAGGCAGCUUCUCCUGCAGUUUGAGAGAGCCCAGGAGACACUGAAGGAGAUGCUGGCCUGCAACGCUGCCAUGAAAACUAUACGGAUGGAGUACGAGCGGUACCUGGAGGAAAAACUCCCCUGCUGGCAGCAGCAGCUUCAGGAGAAAACUGAGGCCUCUCACAAGAAGAGAAUGGAAGAUUGUUUGAAGUCUUAUCUACAGCAAAGUAAAGAUCAAGUCUCAACAGCAACACUUGAUGAGCCUCUGAUUUCACAAGAUCCUUCCAUGAAGGCUCUAAAAGUUGAUGCUCCUCAAACGUUUCCCACCGAAGGAAGCUCUGCUUAUAGCCGAGAUCGUUCCUCCUGUUAUCCCCAUCAGGAGUCUUCCUGGUUAACCCAAGCUGGGAUGCCUCCAGGGUUCCUCCAAACACCUUUUCAAUCCCAGAGUCCUUCACCUUUCCCUCCACCCAGCUCCCCAUAUCCUCACCCGCCUCUGCUGCAACACCUCACCUACCCAUCAGAUCACCGUCAGCUGUGGGUCAGAUCUGAAGCUGUCGGCCGCCCUCCUGAACGCUACAGUCACCCCUGCUCUGAUGGGAUCGCUGUGGGAUCUGCAGGUCAGCUCCACACCCAUGACCCGCCAGCGUCGAGUGUUUCUCGAAUUGUAGAGCGAGAAACUGAGACGAGCGCAGCAGAUUCAAAGAGGGUGAGAGGUGGUGGAGGCGGAAGGUGUUUGUCCUCUGAGCUCGACAUUAAACCAGUCCGUCUCUCUAGUGGACACGUGGAAAGCAGUGAGAGCGGCAGAGAUUCCAGUUUGACCAGCAGAGAGAAGAAGAAAAGAGAGAAGAAAGGAAGAACAGAGGCUUCGUCCUCAGAGUCAGAAAGAUCUGGUUCUCAGAGGACAUCCAGGACCUCCAGUGAGGUUGUCGCUGCCUCCUGCGCCGUCGCCCUGGACUCAGAAACAAACUGCUCCUCUGUGGAAGGAAGCACAACAAGCAGGAGGUCAGAGCGAGGCCAGGGGGUCAACACUGGGUCACCACCGUCUGAGAAGGAGGCAGAGGAGCUUAGCAGGAGUGAGGAAGAGGAGCAGACUGAUAGCUUGAGUGAACAAACGAGAAGUCCAACUCAAGACAAUAAAUCAGGAAGCUGUAGAGGAGAUGAUGAUCUAGCAAAAAGUCAAAAUAGUGAUGAUGAGGAAGUUUACAGCUCCGAGCAAAGCGUCGCAGAAGAAAAGGAUGAAGAAGAAAGAAAGAAAAACCAAAGCUGUGGAGAUGAAGAGACUGAGAAGGAGGUGAAAAGUAAAGAGGGCGGUGAUGUUGAGGAAGACGAUGAGGAGAGCAACGAUGAGGUUCCUUCAAAUAGGAAUCAAAAGGAGGAUAAGGAUGUGGAAGAAGACAAAGAUCAGUCAGAAAAACUGGAGAAUGAAGACAGAGAUGACAGGGAGAAGGAUUCUGACUCCUCACAGGAUGAAGAUGAGGAAGAGAGAGAAGGUAGUGAGAGGAUAGAAGAGGAGGAGGAGGAGUCAAGCGAAGAGGAAGACCAACCCAGGAGUGAAGAAGCAGGAGACUCUGAGGACAGCAUCAUCUGUCCGCAGGAAAACAGGUCCAAACAGAUGAAGAACAUUCCAGAGGAAGCAGCUGAAGACGAGGGAGAGGGGAGCGACACUCGGUCCUCAGACAAUAAGUCAAAAGAACCAAGUGAUGAAGAAGACAUUGAGAAUCUUCUGGCACCUCAAAAGCCAAUAAACAAAAAACAAAAUGCUGUGAAAACCAAAGAGAAGCCCAAAGCCACAUGUCUCAACUUGGGCAUCUUUCAAGUGACGGAGGACAGAGCGAAGACGGGCCAUAAAAGCGACUCGGACGAGUCUGAUCACUUUUAUGACUAAAUGUGACAUGGUGGACACCAUGAAAUUCCUCCAAAUAGCAACUAUGCAGUAGAGAAAGAGAGGAAAGCACCAGAUCUCUGAUGACCUCAGCAGGUCGGACAACACUGAUGGGGUCACUGCAUCACCAUGGCGCUGCAUUGAGGUGUUGGGGAAGCCCAGGUUGAUUCAUCAGCAGGUUUCACUGUUUAGGUUGUGAAGUCUCUGCCUCUCCUUGUUCUCCAAACGUAACGACAGUUACGACUCUUGAAGCUCUGCAUCCACCCACAGUCCGCAGUUUGUGAAUCUUUGGUGAUUCCUUUUGCAUGUCCACUUUUUUCCUUCCACCCAACUUUCCAUUGUUUUUUUUCCUUCUUGAACUGAAUAAAUACUUUUAAACUUAAAUAUACUGCUUUGAUAUACACUUGCAUCUUUCACAUUAUUUUCUUCUUUGUGUGCUCUAUUUUAUUCUUCAUACAUUUAAUGUCUGUAUGCUGAAACCACUCAACAUAAAUUCA